AUGCGUCCUACUGCGGCUCUCUUCGCUACCCUCACUCUCCUUUGCACUGUCUUCUUGGCGCAGGCCGUCCCGUUUAAACCGUCCCGAAAUGAUGCCGAAGCCUGCGCAAGACUGACAGAAUGCGACUCUUGUGUUCACGCGAGUCGUUGCGGUUUCUCCCUUGACACCCAAAGCUGUGCCACGAAGGAAGGCCACCUUGGGAGGCUUGCGACAUCUGCGUCUCUAUGCAAGAAGGCGACCGCUCGACGGCUCUCGCUCGAGUGCCGCUCGCCGAAGACACUUUGGAUUGAUAACGAUGCGGAGGGAAAGGCGACCAGCGUUGCGCACAAGUAUACGCGGGAACAGGUCGCCGGAAUAUGCAAGGCGGCGCUCGCGGCGGCGCUCAAAGCGGGCAAUUCGAAGGGUUCGGUGACGCACGGUUCCUAUGCUGUCAAGACGCCCUGGGGGAAUCAAAUAUGCGUGAAGGUGACCGAUCGUCAAUGCUACCCGUUGAGGAUCGAAGCGACAACGGCAGCACCGGGUACGAAUUGCUAG